ACUAAAAAGAAGGAAGAAUUUGCUUUCGUUCUGCUACCAAGAUGAGUCAUUUUCAGUUAGCGUUGCUUGGAACUUUAUUUUUGCUGGCGGUACAAGCGGACGGAACUUCCUCCUGCUCGGGUUUCGGUUAUGAGUUGCUCACUGGGAAAAUGGAAGCACUAGAAGCGGAGAUCCUUAACAUCGGAAAAUCGGUUGUAAAAGUGAACCAUUUGAUGAAAUCCAUACAGUGUGCUGAUUCCGUCUACGCAUCAUGUGAUAAGGUGCCGACGAAAGAAUCCGGCGUUUACAGAGUUAAGACGAACCUUCAUGAGGUGACGGAGGUGUUGUGCGACCAAGAAUAUGACGGAGGUGGUUGGACCGUAAUUCAAAAUCGGUUCGAUGGUUCCGUCAAUUUCUACCGCGAUUGGAGCGAAUACAAACGAGGUUUCGGCACUUUGGAUGCCGGAGAGUUUUGGUUGGGGUUGGAUGUGAUUCAUCAACUAACGUACUCAGCACCACACGAGCUGGUAGUGUUGCUGGAGGACUUCGAUGGAAACUCAACUUAUGCCAAAUGGGAUCGAUUCGAGGUAGCUGGAGAGCAGUCCUCCUAUACAGUGACUCUGGCCGAAGGAUUCAGUGGACCCGCUGGAGAUUCGUUUACUGGAACGAAGGCGGCUAAAUUCAGUACAUUGGACAGGGAUAACGAUACAUGGGGCGAUAGCUGCGCAGUAACAUACCACGGAGCAUGGUGGUAUACGGCAUGUCACUCAAGUAAUUUGAAUGGAAAAUACUCAAAGGGAAAUACCACAGAAUAUGCUACAGGAAUGGUUUGGUAUACAUUCAGAGGUCAUCAUUAUGCUUUGAAAUCUUCUAGGAUGAUGAUCAGAAGGAAAAAACUAUAAUAAACAGCAGUUUUCAAUGCAUCAAUUGUUUUGAAAAUUGAAAAAUCCCUCAAGUACGUAAGAAUUUGUUGAAAAUGGUAACGACAAAUAAAUUAGGUAGCCCCUACGCUAUAAU